GUUGGAUAUACUUGUCAACACUUAUUAAUACUUUUUAGUUUUGUUUCAAACAUCAAAACAGCCGCUGAAACACAAGUUUGUCUUUGGUUCUGUUGUUGAAAAUAAUUGCAUGAUGAACUGAUAUGAACUGAUAUGGCUGCAAUCCGACUAUCAAGCGCGAGAAAUAUUCUCCAACAUGCACAAAACAGAGAAACAUCUGGACACUACUGAGAAUCCAGCUGCUGCACAGGGUUCUGCAGACUCGUACACCAGUCGCCCAUCUGACUCUGAUGUUUCUCUGGAGGAAGAUAAAGAGACGCAGCGCAGAGAAGCUGAAAGACAAGCUGUGGCCCAGAUCGAGAAAGCCAAGUCUAAACCAGUGGCAUUCGCAGUACGCACGAACGUCGGCUACAGUGCUUCCCCUGAAGAUGACGUCCCUGUGCCUGAAAUGGCCGUUUCAUUUGAGGCCAAAGACUUUCUUCAUGUCAAAGAAAAAUUUAAUAACGACUGGUGGAUUGGCCGUUUGGUGAAGGAAGGGUGUGACAUCGGCUUCAUCCCAAGUCCAGUGAAGCUGGAAAACACUCGCCUUCGUCAGGAGCAUCGUGCCAAACAAGGCCGAUUUUAUUCAAGUAAAUCAGGGGCGAAUUCUUUGUCUAGUUUAGGAGACGUGAUUUCAAACUCGCGUAAAUCAACUCCACCCUCCUCUGCUGUGGAUAUAGAUGCGGCUGGUUUAGAUCCAGAGGAGAAUGACGCUCCUCCCCACCAGCGUUCUCCUAAAGCAAGUCCAAACACAGUCAUAUCCCCUUUAGCCCGUGAGAAACGAAUGCCUUUCUUUAAGAAGUCAGAGCAUGUUCCUCCAUAUGAUGUGGUGCCCUCUAUGAGACCAGUGGUGCUGGUGGGACCCUCCCUCAAGGGCUAUGAGGUGACAGAUAUGAUGCAGAAAGCUUUGUUUGACUUUCUGAAACACCGGUUUGAGGGGAGGAUUUCCAUCACGCGUGUCACAGCGGAUAUUUCUCUUGCCAAGCGCUCUGUGUUGAACAACCCCAGUAAACAGGUCAUCAUCGAGCGCUCAAACACACGCUCCAACUUAGCGGAAGUACAGAGUGAGAUCGAGAGAAUCUUUGAGCUGGCUCGCACAUUACAGCUGGUUGUUCUAGACGCGGACACAAUCAACCAUCCAACUCAACUGGGAAAGACCUCCUUAGCUCCGAUCAUUGUCUACGUCAAGAUCACCUCUCCAAAGGUUCUUCAGAGGUUAAUAAAGUCUAGAGGGAAGUCUCAGGCCAAACAUCUCAAUGUUCAGAUGGUGGCAGCAGACAAACUGGCACAAUGCCCCUCUGAGCUGUUUGACAUCAUUCUGGAUGAGAAUCAGUUAGAAGACGCCUGUGAGCACAUGGCUGAUUAUCUGGAAGCGUACUGGAAGUCCACUCAUCCUCCCAGUGUCAGUCAGACCACAGAGACUGACGCUCCCGCGGUCUGUCCUGAACCGCCGUCUAAUACACAACUAAAGGACGCAGGGGGUGACCAGCAGACAGACGACAGGAGGGGCUUUCACAAAGACCACCAUCAUCAUCAUCACCAUCACCAAACUCAGAGGCAAGCAAGUUUAGAACGACCAGCAGGCGACGAUAUCGACGAGAGCGCCAACAGAGAGCAACAGCAGCUACAGAGUGAAUGGAAAACACACUACACACAAUCUUCAUCCACACAUCCACACCGGACUGAACGACACAAUCACCAUAACCACCACCACAACAGACAUCAUCACCACCACCAUCACAAUCAGCCUGUGCAGACACUUUCCCGACAAGAGACGCUGGAGAUCAGGGAGUCCACUCAAAAUGAGCUCUCACACGGACACACGCAAACACACCCAACAGAAGAGGAAGAAGAGCGGACGCUUCGGCCCAACCAGCAUCAUCACCGCCACCAUCAUCAUCAUCAUCAUCGUCGCAGAGAGAAAGAGAAGGAAUAUGACCACAACGAGAGGAACAGCAAGCAAAGAGGACCGCAGAGAUCUCAACGAGAACGUCACCAGGAGAGACAGGACAGGAAACGAGGUGACACAGAGUGGACGCGAGAUCAUUACAUAGAGCAGUGACACAAACACACGGAAACACAACCCUGCCGUUUACACACUCUAGUGCGGACCACCUCCAUGGGCCUUGAUUUGCCUCAUCAAUCACAGGACAGUAUGAUCACUACCAGUCAAAGGUUUGGACACACCUGCUGAUUCUUUGUUUUCUUUAGUUAUUUCGGUGAGACUUUUAUUAAUGAUGAGGAGGAAAUAAUACAUGCAAUGCAAAUUGGAUGUACUGCCUUCAGCACUAGUGAUGGGCAUUUUCAAACAAUGUAAGGAUCGUUUCAAACGAGUGUUUCGGAGUGCGUAUAAAGCUGGCCGAGUCACGUGAUUCCUCCAACGAGACUUCGUUACGUCAUGCUGUUACGAAACGAUUCAAUUUGUCGGUUUAUAUGUAGCUAGAACAAUGACUCAAAGGAGUAUUCUGGGUUCAGUACAAGUUGAGCUCAAUCGACAGCAUUUGUGGCAUAAUGUUUAUUACCACAAAAAUACAUUUUGACUCGUCGCUCCUUUAAAAAACACAAAAAUGGAGGAUCCAGUCGGGCACUUACAAUGGAAGUCAAUGGGGGUCCAUUUCUGGAGGGUUUAAAUGCAGAAAUGUGAUGCUUAUAAUUCUAUUAAAGCACUUUCAUUCAUUCUUGGUGAUUAAAUUGUCAGUUUUACAAUCGUUUUAGGGGUUUAGUGUUUGUUGACAACGUUGUAAAAUGUAACUUUGCACAGAAAAGGUUAGUAAGUGAUUUUAUCACGCUAACAUCAUGUUUAGACACAUUGUUUAUGUCUUGUAGCUAUACUUUUGAAACUUGAAUUUUAACGUUCCCCCAUUCACUUCCAUUGUAAGUGCCUUUCUGUAAACACGAUUAUUUGUUUAUUCAAUAAACAAGGGACGAGUUGCGAUCAUUUUUUGUGGUACUCAACAUAUGCUGUCGAUUUAGCUUAACUUGUAUUGAACCUGGAAUUUUCCUAUAAGUACACUUAACAAACCUGAAGUAUUUUUAUUUUAUUUUUUGUUUUGUGGUGAAUCUUAUACAUUUGUAUUAUUAAACACAGAUGUUUUCAUUUCUGGAUUUGUCUGAGGUGGAAUUAGCUGUAAAAAAUGAAGAUUGUCGAAUUACAGGUUCAAAUUUUCUAUAAAAAUAACCCUCAAAAUACAAACCUCUCACAUUCAGAUAGGUAAACAAACUAGGCCAAAGGUAAAGGAAAGCUGGGUUAUUUACUUGCGCCAUCAAGCGGUCAGCGUGGCGCUAACCAACACUGACCAAGUAAAAGCAUUGUAUCCAUUUCUGCAUUCAUAUUGUGCUGCUACAUGGAAGCUAAUGUGUUCUCCAUGCUGAUCAAAGUGUUUUCAGACAGUAUGAAGUCAUUCAUUUAUACUAUUGUUAAUUAUAUUUCUUUUUACUUCUUUUGUCAUUGCAGACUUUAUUUUAUAGAAUGUGUGUUAACACUACAUUACAGUUGUAUUUACUUUUGUUAUUACACAGCUCGCUGCCCCAUUCGAAUUGGUCAAUGGCGCCAUCUAGCGGUCUGAAAUUUCUGAGUAACAACUGCGCAUUCAGGGAUUAAGAAGACGUAUCAGACUAGGGUUGCCACGUUUGAAGCUUUAAAAUUAGGGACACUUAAAUUAUUAUUUAGCAAUAAAAGUGUUGAGUUAAUAUGCAUUAUUAAUAAAAAUGGUAUAUCCUUUCUUACAGUAUAUGCUAAAAUGAGAACUUUCCCAACCCAUGACUUAUAUAAAAAAAUACAUCAUUAAUAUAUUCAAAAUAUAUUUAUUUACAUUUUUGAUUAUUUGUCUUAUUUAUCUUAUGUAUACAUUUUGAAUGGUUUAUACAUAUUUUUUUUAUCAUUUUUAUUUAUUUUAUUUGUUUAUCUUUUCCUUCCCCUGUACUUGUCUUUAUGAUUCCAUUCAUAUGUUGUUUGAUCUUAUUGAACAUUUUAUAUAGAAAAAAUCUGCAGACUUUUCAGACGGUCCCUUACCACACCCUCCACAGUAUUAGCACAUUCUACCAUGAUGUGUGGACUAGGGUUGUGCCGAUGGACGAUAUCAUCGUCCAUCGUGAUGGCUGACCAACAUCACGAUGUAGAGCCACCAUCGUGAUGCCACGCCCCCUUUUGCGAGUCUUGCUAGUGUGACUCACUAAUCCUAGUCUCUUCUAUAGUUAACCUAAAAACUUUGCAGGGAUUUCUCUGUAAAUUAAAUUGAGAAUAUAACUAAUGCAUAUAUGCUAUUUUAAAUACUGUAUAUGCCAGAGACGUGACGUGUUAGUCUGUGAAAAUACCGUGUCAGGCAGGCUACACAAAUAUUGAUCUUGACAUUGUUAGCUUCUUGUCUUUUUUCUACAUGUCUUACACUGUACAUUUAGAUUAAAAUAUUUUAUGUUGUAGGCUACAAGAAAAUAGCCUUUAUUAAUGAAUUAUUAGUAGUUGUAGUGUCUCAGAAAAUCUUGCUCAUUGUCACAUAGCUCUUGUAUACACUGAAGCGGCAGUUUAAGAUAAACCCAGACCAGUGAACGUCAAAUAACUUUUGUCUGGUUAAUGCUUUUAAAGAAAAAUUUCCUUGGCCAUAAAUCCAUAAUGUCAGAUCAAAUGAAAGAAACAAGGUGAAUAUGAAUAACACACAUUUAUUAAAACAUAGAAGAACAACAAAUGAAACGGGAACAACACUCAGACCGAAACUCGGCAUUAUCAUUUCACUUAUAAUUAGCAGCACAAUUAACUUCAACACAGGCUACAAAAUAAAUUAGGUUAUUGAAAUAUUGUAAAGUGGUCAUAUGAACUACACAAAUGAACGUUUAAAAAAUAAUAUGCGAAAUCGAAUAGCUCCGCAACGGAUGGCGAAAAAUGCGUAAAGAAGUCUAAUAUCUUUCACCACAGACCAUGUUUAAAUUUCGAUGUUUCUGGCCAGAAAUACCAACAUAUUCACUUUAUCUGGUUUUAAUAAGCUGCGGAUUGGAGUAACUACACUACCCGCUGUGCUGAAGACCCGCUCUGAUGGAGUACUGGUAGCACAUAUGCACAGAUAUUUCCGUGCUAAUCUUGCCAUGAACGGAAACCUUUUGUCGUUCGUUUUCCACCAAGUCAGCGGGUCCUCUUCCCCAUCAAUGGCCAUUUCCUGCAGGUACAUGGUCAUUUCUGCCUCCACCUUUUGCUCAUCAGUGAGUAAAAUAACGAAAUUAUAGUUUUUAAGUGGAAAAUAGUAUUUAUGUAAAGAGAUAUAUUAAAAUAAAAAGUGCACAACUCAUCUUAAGUGAAAGCUAAAAAAAAAAAUGCUUCACGUGUCGUGCAACCUACUGAUAAAGCGCCGACGAGUCAUUAGUUGGGUUAGUAAAAUAACGAAAUUAUAAUUUUUCAUAUAAUUUUUGAACAGUCAUCUGGGUAUUGCGAGUCAAAUCAAUUUAAAUCAAUGUUUCAUGUACAUCGAUUUAUUGGAAGUAUGCAUCGAUUUAUUGGAAGUGUGCAUCUAUUUCUUGUCACAUAAUUACAUAAUUUCAACACAAAUCAAUAUUUUAUGUCCAUGUAUUUAUUUAUUUGGUUAGUAGCGGGACAAUGUACAGUCAGCCAGUUGUUAUUUCAAAAUAAGCCCAUUUAUGGGGAUACAGACCCCAAUGUGAAGCGCUGAAAAAGCAUUGUUCAUCAGUCAACCCUGUAUGGGUUUAUUUAGCAAAAACAACUGGCUCAAAGUACAUAUUAUCCUUUACUUAAUGCACAAUUUCUUAAUAUAUCUCCAGAGCACUGGGUGGCGCAUGUAAGUAACUCAGCUUUGCUUGACUUUUGGCCCAAGUUUGUUUACUUUCUGAAUUUCUGAGAUCUGAAUAUUUGUAUUUCUAAAAUACACGUUAAUCACUUUGAGUUAAGUUUCCGAAGCAUGCAAUCCCAAAAAGCUGUUGUGUUAAUUGGAAAGAUACAUAUGAGAAAGACAGAAAUAUAUAUUUGGUAGCACUUUACAAUACGGGUGCAUUAAUAAGCAUUAAUUAAUGAUUAACUAAUGCACAGAUAAUAUUGAGUUAAUGUGUGACUCAUGAUUAACUAAUGCACAGAUAAUAUUGAGUUAAUGUGUGACUCAUGAUUAACUAAUGCACAGAUAAUAUUGAGUUAAUGUGUGACUCAUGAUUAACUAAUGCACAGAUAAUAUUGAGUUCAUGUAAUGUACAUUACAUUAGUUAAUCAUGAGUCAUACAUUAACUCAUAAUUAUCUGUGCAUUAGUUAAUCAUGAAUUAAUGCUUAAUAAUGCACCCGUAUUGUAAAGUGUUACCACAUUAUUUUCAUGUUUAUCUAUGUACUUGAACUUGAGUCCAGCGCUGAGUGUGAGUUUCACCAUAACGUCUUUAUUUAUAAAUGUUUGUUGCACAAACUGUAUAAGAUAUAGAAAAAAAAUAUUGUAUUAGUACAGAGUCAUUAAGUAACGUAAUACAAAGUCCAGUAAACAUAGAAAUGUGACAUCAAUAUUUGCAGUGACCACCUUUGCCUUUCUCCUAAAGCAGUUCUCCUAAAUACAUCUGGACACAGUUGUUCUUGGUUGUUGGCAGAUUUCAAGCUUCUUGGAGAAUUCGCCACAGUUCUUCUGUCUAUUUAGUCUGUCUCAACUGCUUCUGUCUCUUCGUGUAAUCCCAGACUGACUCGAUGAUGAUGAGAUCUGCGCUCUAUGGGGUCAUGCCAUCUAUUGUAGGGCUCAUUGUUCUUUGUCAAUUAUAUUUGCAAAGGGAAUGUUGAAAUCUAAAAUAUUUCCUACUGAUAUACUAAAAGCAGGGUAUAUAAAAUAACCGUUUUAAGACUAAUGAUUUGGUGAGAUAUAUAACGCACCUAAGACUGAUACACAGUACUGUAAAUCAAAUGACUGGAUGUUUGUUGAUAUGACACAGAAAUUCCCAUUUAUGCAGGACAUUUUCUUUUCCUUCACUUUACACUCCAACUCGUUUAUUUAUGUAUUUUUCUUAACGCAAAAUUCAAAAGCAUUUCAAUUGAAGCAUUUGAGCAUAAUCGCAAUGUUUCAAACAUCACGAGAAGCAUAAAUUCAGUCAUGAAUGUCCAAACUUUUGUCUGUUAGUUUACAUGACAAGCGUAUCCAUGCAUAAUAAUCUUUUCAUGUGUGGAAACAAAUGAAUAUUGAAUAAAAACAUUUAUUUCUUAAUUUCAUAUGGAAUUAAAAAUGUUUUAUUUUUAUAUUGACUCUUUUAAAGUCAACAUAUAUGUACCCGUUUUAUUCGAAAGGCAUAGUUCACUGAAAAAUAAAUAUUCUGUUACUCACCCUCACAUUGUUACAAACCUGCAUGGCUUUCUUUUUUCCACGGAACAUAAAAUAUGUUUUAAUUAAUGUGAAUGAUGGAUUAGGGUGAAUAUUCUGCCUAACACAUGCAAUGACACUGGAAGGGUUAUAAACAGAAAUGUGAAAUUCCCCAGACCUUGCAUGAAUCUGUGGGUAAAAAACAAAUAAUUGUUAUUUGAGCUGUAAAGUUGCCAAAGUAAUCUGUUUGAGGUGGAACUCUGUGGAGACUCACGGCAUGUGGAGGCUCAUGCUACUCUCCGCGAUCCAUGCACUUCUUACCACACGCCCCAUUGAGAGCGAGAACCACUAAUCACGACCAUGAGGGUGUUACC